UUUAAAGCGCCCAAUUAAAUCUCGAUCUUGAGAGGCUACGAUGGGCAGAACUGAGGGGGAGCCGGGGGGUUGCCCCCUUCCAAAAAUCUGUCCGGCCCUCUCCAGGAAAUGUGAGGGAUUCUUCUAAAUAAGGGCGUGACUCAGUCAUUGGCGACGAGUGUGAUUUCGGACGAGAUCAGUGACUUGGAAAAAGAUGCUGAUCAGCGUAUGAAGAAAUGCGUGGAGGCGCUCGUGGCCCAGAUGGCCAAGGUACGGACCGGGCGGGCUUGCCCGAGUUUGCUUGAAGGAAUUCAGGUAGAUUGCUACGGGGGCCACUCGCCGCUGCGGCAGGUGGGCAACACGGUGGCCGAAGACGCCCGGACACUGGCGAUAACGGUGUACGACCCGUCGGUGGCGCCGGCCGUGGAGAAGGCCAUCCUCAACUCGGGUCUCGGGCUCAACCCUUCGAGGGCCGGCGCCGUGGUUCGCGUUCCUGUCCCGCCGCUCACCGAGGACCGACGCCGGGACCUCGUCAAAGUCGUCAAAGCGGAGGCCGAGCAGGCCCGGGUCUCCAUCCGCGCCGUCCGCCGGGACGUCAACGUCAAAGUCAAACGCCUCCUCAAAGACAAGGAGAUCAGCGAGGAUGAUGAGCGACGAUCCCACGAUCAUGUUCAGAAGCUCGCCAAUGCUGCGAUUAAGAAAGUCGAUGCUGCUCUCAAGGAUAAGGAAUCCGAACUCUUGACCACUUAAAGAACUUCCUUUUUGCUGUGUUAGUUGAAUUUUUUGGGACGUCCAGGAGCCGUUCAUAAAACACGUAUCACUUUAGGGUGAGGGGAGGGGGUGAGCUUACGUCAAAGGAGCAUUGUUUCGUACUAGAGGGGUUAUUAUCAUCGUGGCUCCUCAAAUGGCUUCUUUUCUCAGGGCGGCCCCGAACUGAUUACACUGACAUUUCUGCUUCAAUCCCAUCCUCCCACCUGGAUAUUAGACAAGAUAACUUUGUAAGAGAUCACAAUGAUGUGUCACUACAUAAAUUACAAAAUACGAGUUUUGAUUAUUUUAAGGAAGGUCCGUAGCCUUCCUUAAAUUUUGUCAACAUCAUGAUAAUUUUUCUCGUAAUCUUCUUGUAUCCUCACUUUGAUCUUUUGCAAGGAUCUAUUUUUGAAGUUGUACUAAAUUUAACUGAAAGUGCGUUAAAAAUGUCCCAUUUAUAAUUAUAAUGGCAGUGUGUUCUAAUUUGACGUUCUCCGAUGGGAAGGAGUGACUAUGAAUACAGUCUUCAGACUAAGAAAGAGUUUAUAAGAUCGGGAGAAAGUGCCUACAAAUGCUCGCAUAUGCAAUCAGCAGUAUUUGGCAGAAUAAGUUGCUUGUCAGAGGAAUUGAAGGCGUUUUGGUGUUACCGAAGUCUCACAGUCCUUCUGUCCUUCUCAUGGUUACUGCGACGAGACGAGGUGAGGUUGUUUCAAAGUUUUUUUAUCUUCUUUGCAGUGAGUCUUUGGAGCAAGUCCUUCAUCUCGUGCUGUUUGAAAUCUAAAUGCAGGAAUUGUAGAUUGUUUCUUUUUGUUCAUUUGUAAUCAUUUAUGACAUUUUUUAAAUACAUUUUUAUCUACCUAUUUUUUAA